CGGUCAUCCCCUUGUAGCUAUGGAAACUCGUCGAUGGCAACAUCCACCAGUCUGCUCUGCCCCCCAUCCUCAUACCUCUCAGAGGUGCUGAGUGUGAGCUACUGUAACCCAUAAAUUACAGCUGCAAGAUGGCGAUUGUGCGACUCAUAGCUUGUCUUAUUAUUUACACCAGCCUGGGUCACUUUCCAUCAUCACUCGGGGUAAUCCUCCGAACCACAGACAGGAUUGUUUGGGCAAAUGAGUUUGAGCCCAUUGAACUGACCUGCUUAAUAGAGUCCAUCUCCACAAACAACCCGAGGAUCGAGUGGAAGAAGAUUAAGAACGGUGUCCCCAGCUAUGUGUACUUUCAAAACAAGAUAGCAGGGGACUUGGAGCAAAGAGCUCAGCUCAGAGAGCCGGCCAACAUCCUGAUCUUCAACACCACCCGGUCCGACACUGCAGAGUACCGCUGUGAGGUGGCCGCCAUCGAUGAUCAAAGGGACUUUGAUGAGAUACUUAUUAGCCUCGCAGUAAGAGUGAAACCUGUAGUGCCACGCUGCAGUGUUCCUGAGGCUGUCACAGUUGGAACAUCAACAGAGCUGAGAUGUCUGGAGAACGAGGGCUUCCCCGCUCCUCAGUACCGCUGGUUCCACAACAAAGAGGAGCUUCCUCAGGACCCCAAAAACAGCCCCAAGCUGGUCAACUCUUCAUACACCAUCAAUCCUGACACUGGAGGCCUGAAAUUUCGAAGCGUGAGGAAGGACGACGCAGGGGAGUACUACUGCCAGGCAAAGAAUGAUGCUGGACAUGCGCAGUGCCCCCCUCAAAAGAUGGAAGUCUAUGACGUGGACAUCCUCGGGAUUUUCUUAAAGGGAUUCGGUGGAGUGAUUUUGUUUCUCUGUCUGGCUACCUUUAUUUGUCACUCCCUUAAACGAGGAUGUUUCAACAAAAAAGGUCAUAAUGAGAAUAACUACAAUUGGCCAGCACAGACUGAUGGAGUUGACUACGGUGAUGCAGACGAGGGACAUUUUCGCCACAAGUCUUCAUUCAUCAUUUGACAGCUGAGAAAGAGGACGAGGUGGAAAAGACAAGCGAAAGUGUGGAGGUCAACUUGCAACAAUGACGCUCCAGAUGGGAAAGUUGAGGUGGAAAAACAAGGCACAUUACUCUCUGAUGCACAUCAAAAAUUAAUCAACCAACUUGCCAAAGUAAUUUUAAUAUCAUUUGGGAGCACUGUUUCAUGUUUUUAUAAUGUUACAACAUUUUUUUAAAUGUACACUUCUCUGUUACGAUCAUAUUCCAUUUACAAAAUUUCACUGAAUAUCUUCACUCAGUUUUUUCCACUUUUAAGUAUUUUUUUUUUUUUUUUUUUUAGAACAGAACCAGUUCAAAGCUGAUGCGUUUGAUAUUUGGUCUCAUGGUUUCAUUACAAAAAUGCUGGAAGCAACAUUCCUUCACAGUUUUUUUUAACAAAAUCCUCUUUUAUAACUUUUUACUGAGUACACUGAAAUUGUUUGACAAAACUAUUUUGCAUUAUUAUCUAUGUUCGUACGGCAGACAUUUUCAGAUUUGGUUUGACAUGGGGAAGAGUUGAAACCUGUUUUUUGUAUAUAAGCUGUAGUUAAACAGGCAAUAAAGCAGCAGACUGUAAACGGCUGAUGAGCUCAGAUUCUGAAGGCACAAUUUAUCAGCCUUUCUUCUUAUUAUAGAUGAUCAAAGUAUGUAAGAGUACAGAGUAACCUGUGAAUUGAAUACCUUAUAUCCAACUAUGCUGCAGAGUCCAUAUGUACUAUAAAGGUGGUGAAGUAUGAUUUUUAGAGUGCUGUUUAUGUGUAUAAGUGACCUUCUGUGCUUUACUAAUGAUUUUCUGAGUAUAGGACAUAUUGUCCACUUUUUGACUCAGUAUUAAAUGUACAUACUUAAGUACAGUUUUUGAUUUUCUUUUUCUUACAUUAUGCACCAUACCUUAGUGUAAAUA